AUGGCCACUUCACCAACCCCAAAUCCUGUCACUCCCAAGAAAGAUAAGAAAGAUGAGUCGUUCCUGGACAAAAUCGGAACGAUAACUCGUAAAAAGUCUAAGGCUAAAGAAGUUACUGAAUUACAAGAAGAGGGCAAAUAUGCCAUUGAAGCGCCAACUAGCCCCACUGCUCCCGAUCUGGGACCAGACGGUUACCUCCUGGAUGAAAGUGAGGAAAGAUCUAUGAUUGAGCCGCGUAGCCGGGAGGAUCCUAAACUUCAAGAACUCAAACAGCUUCUUUUAGAUUGGAUCAAUGAUGAGUUGGCAGAACAGAGGAUUAUUGUGAAGGACUUGGAGGAAGAUCUUUUUGAUGGACAGAUUUUACAGAAACUCAUUGAGAAACUUGGUGGGCUGCGUGUUGAGGUUCCUGAAGUGACUCAGACUGAGAUCGGCCAAAAACAGAAGUUGAGGGUGGUGCUCGAGGUUGUCAACCGGAUCCUGAGUGUGCCUCCGUCAUGGAACCAGAAAAAGUGGAGUGUGGACAGCAUUCACUCCAAGAACCUGGUAGCAAUCCUCCAUCUCCUGGUGGCCCUGGCGAGACAUUUCCGUGCCCCGAUCCGUCUGCCCGAUAAUGUCUGUGUUCAAGUCGUAGUUGUUCAGAAGAAGGAUGGCCUUCUCCAGACCAAGAAUGUCAUUGAGGAAAUCACUUCGUAUAAUGAGGAUACAUCCUACCGAUUUGAACGGGAUGCUUUUGACACGUUGUUCGACCAUGCUCCUGACAAGCUGAAUGUGGUCAAGAAGUCUUUGGUGACAUUUGUCAACAAACAGCUGAACAAGGUCAAUUUGGAAGUGACUGAUCUGGACAAUCAGUUUCAUGAUGGUGUCUUUCUGGUGCUGCUGAUGGGACUCCUGGAAAACUACUUCGUCACUCUGCACAGCUUCCACUUAACCCCAACCACCUUUGAACAGAAGGUGCACAAUGUACAGUUUGCCUUUGACUUGAUGGAGGAGGCAGGACUUGCCAGACCAAAGGCAAGGCCAGAAGAUGUUGUCAACUUGGAUCUAAAGUCCACUUUGCGAGUCCUCUACAAUCUCUUUACCAAGUACAAGGCCGGUGCAUAGGAAUUUAGUCAAGAAAAUGCAAUCUGCUGAUUACUGUGUAUCAUAAUCAUCAAGUCAACAUACAUUGAAUCAGCAUACCAGCUGAAAUUGGAAGUGCCAUUGGAGUACUUCUGCAACCUCCAUAAGGGAGUAUUGUUAUGAAAAGAAUGAAAUAGUGCAACAAUGCACUCAUUUUGGAUCUACUUAACUCAUACUGGGUACCGGUAUUGCUAUGCAUAUUGUAAUAGAUCUUUUCAGGAAUUUAUUUGUUCACUAUAGGUCUGCAUGUGUAAAGAAGUGUCAUCUGCUAUUUAUACUCUCAUGUUACUCACUAUUCGCUUAAUAGGCAUUGUAUGCUGUCGAAUGGUAGUGAUGUCUGAAACCCAGGUGUUUGUGUCAUCAGUUUGUCUAUUUUUAUGACUGUUGGCAAUACAAGGUGUCAAAAAUGUUGAGGAUGACCGCUGAAGUUGGAAAAUUCUCAAUAUCCAUCAUGUGACAUGGAUACCGAUACUGGAUGGCUCUUAUGUGCUGUUCAACUUAUUUCUUAAAUUUCAAUGAAACCAAUUAUGCAGAUGAUUUUAAAUUCUUUGCACCAUUUUUUGCACCCAAGCUGAAAUAUAACCUUCUGGACCACUGGUAUACCACUUUCGUAAAAUGACGAGAUUUGAAGACAUGCUUACCUGGGUUUUCUAUCUUCUGUUGAUCUUAUUUAUAGAUCUGUCUGUGUCUUAUUACUUGCAUGACUGACAAGGGGUGUAUAUUAGGAGCAAGCCUGCAGCUAUUUUCUGACAAUUAUUCCAGAAAUUCACAUCAAUGCUUUUGUUGUUCAAAAUGGUUGACCACAGAUGUCAUGCAGAAUCUUGUCAUGCACCAUGAAUAUCAAUUACAUUUAUACAUGGCCAGCGUGUACCUGAUGUCCAGAUGACAAGCGACAAAACUGUUGAUGUGCCACACAUUUAAUAUUCCGUUGUUUUUGGCAUCUAAUCCUAUGCCUUCCUGCUGUGUCUGGUGUCUUCCUGCUAACAGUAUCAACAAGGCUUUUCUAGAAGAGCUACUGUGAUGUGACAUCUAUGCAUUUUGUUGUAGUGCUACUUAAUGUACACCCCAUGUAUCUGUAACUGGUGCUAUAUAACUUUUUAUAGAAUUUUGUAUGUUCGUUACAUUGUAUUUGUGUGUAAAAAUGUAGGUGUACAUUACUAAUAACCUUGUAGAUAGAUCAAUUAGCAGUUUCCCCAAAAAACAAACAUUCGUUUUUAUCUGUGUAAUAAGAAUCUAUUGACAAAUAAAAGAAAUAAAUCUA